UGUCGUGACGACGAACGAGGAGAACUACAACGAAUGCGAAGACGCUGCUAAGAAUUUUUGUGGUUUCUGUUUCCUUUUUUAUUCGGUGUAAAGUGAACGCAAAUCCAAAAUUAAUUUUUGUUUUUUUAUUAUUUUUGCGCUGUAAUAUUCGUGCUUAUCUUCAUUAAAAGCCAAAAUGGCUUAUGAAAAUUGAACUUCUGGAGAGAGAGCGUAAUGUCGUGAGGAAAGUGAAAACAAAGAAGUUGAAACUUCUGCGUGUUUUGUGCGCGAGAGCCUGCUCUGUGUAGUUAGCUAGCACGGUCAGCCAAUCAGCCAGACAGCAGUCAGAAAAAUUAAAAUUGACGGAAAAACUAAACUAGAGCAAAAAUCUAAAGAAAACCGUCUGGUUGGGAUCCAAGCAACGGAGUAUAUUAAAUACUUUGAAAUUCUAUGGGAGUUGGAUUUCGAGUGACAUUUAAAUAGUUAUGCUUCAACAAACCAUCGGUUUAUCUCGCUUACACCAACGCAGCUGGAGUGAUUAUUCCCUGCAAAAAGUGAUUAUUCCCUUUGUCUUCACGAGUACACAUAUUGGCAGUGCUUAUUGAAGAAGUAGAUCGAACGAAUGCCAUCGGUAAAAUUGGUGUGUUCGGUAUAAAGUGAUUGAGAGAACAAUUAAUUGAAGGGUUACAUAUGCAUAUAAAAGUAAAAACUCUUCAUAUAGUGACCGUAUUGAAACUUGGUUGAAAUUCUACAGCCGUUCCGUGAAAAAUAUCUAUUCAAUAUGUUGGUUGUGUGAAUGAAGUUAAUGACAAAAAAGCAUGCGAUAGCAAUGGUGGCGAUGGUCGGCUUCGACAGCUGAUGCGAAGUCGCGGCAGCGCUGCCCAAGUAUCAACACACUACUGCUCUUUGGUAUAAUUGUCAUUUCGCUCACACCUGCAGCUGAAUACGUGCGUACAAGUUUGGCCCUUUUUGUCGUGCGCUGCCACUAAAGUAGUUGCCGUUGUAUUCUGUGUGGCAAGAUCAAAACAGGCCUGUUAAUGUUCAUUGCUUGUAGUUAUGAUAGAAAAAAACAAUUCAAAUUGAAAGUAAACUUCAUUAUAUUAAUUCUGACAUGCUUGUCAGUGUGCAUCGAAUCCACAAUUUCGAUUAAUUAAUGCCAAAACGUUGCGCUGUUCAUAACGCGAAAGCAAAUUUUGUCUGCAAUUUAACACGGAGUUGACAAGUACGGCAACCCUACCAAUCACUUUGAUUUUCAAUGAAAAUUAUUGUAAUUCGGAAAAAUCAAUUGAAUUUCCACUCAAAAAAGGCAUUUGGCAAUAGAACUGUGAGAAAUAAGAGCAAAGCGUAUUAUACAGGCUUAUUUAUUAAAGUGACUGUUAACUGUUAAGCAGGUGCGGUGGCAUCGGCGGCAGUGACAGCAAGAGACAACAUAAUGGUUGUUGGUUCGAAUCAUCAGCGGCGUGGUGGUGGUGAUACAAGUAGUAAUAAUAACAGAUACGCAAAUUCCUCGACCACCACUGUUUCGUCCUCCACCUCCAAUAAUACGUCCGGUUACCAUCAUUCCUCACACAACGGCACAGCUCAUACCAUCUCUGGUAAAUCACAUUCGAUGUCUUCACAUGGCAGUGGUGGUGGUAGUAGCAGUUCUAAUGGUCAUUCCCAUCAUCAUAACGGAUUUACUAAUGGCUAUCAUUUAGGAAAUGCUAUAGGCGGUACAAAUGGUACCGCCAGUAAUAGUGUUAGUCGAAUUUCCCAGUCGACGGGAAUGACGCCUAAAGAACUAUCUGAGAACGAUGAUCUUGCAACGUCAUUAAUAUUGGAUCCACAUUUGGGGUUUCAAUCUCACAAAAUGAACAUACGCUACCGCCCGCUCAAAGUGGAUAGUGCACAGUUAAGGGAAGUGGUUGAUGACUUUAUUGCAACACAAAAUUACGAUGUGGCGGUGAAAAAAAUCUUCAACGGCCCAUGGAUUCCGCGUAGUAUCAAGAGUAAAAACAAGAUAGCCUUUAAGCGGCUGCAUGAUCAUAUAAUUCGAUAUCUGCGUGUGUUCGACAAGGACAGUGGCUUUUUAAUUGAGGCUUGCUAUCGUUACUCGCUCGAGGGUCAAAAGGGGGCCAAGAUCAGUUCAACAAAGCGUUGGUCAAAGAAUGAUAAAAUUGAAUGCUUAGUGGGCUGCAUAGCGGAGCUCUCCGAAGCUGAGGAAGCGGCUCUUUUGCACACGGGCAAAAAUGAUUUCUCUGUAAUGUACAGCUGUCGAAAAAACUGUGCCCAAUUGUGGCUCGGGCCCGCCGCCUACAUAAAUCACGACUGUCGUGCGAAUUGCAAAUUUGUUGCUACUGGUCGUGACACUGCCUGUGUUAAAGUUUUGCGAGACAUCGAGGUGGGCGAGGAAAUCACCUGUUUUUAUGGCGAGGACUUCUUUGGCGACGGUAAUUGCUACUGUGAAUGUGAAACUUGUGAACGCCGUGGUACUGGCGCAUUUGCAGGCAAAGUUAUAAACACAAAUGGUAGCAAUGAUGCUAGUGCCUUGGCGAUGGGUUUGAAUGGCAGUUGUGUUAUUGGCAUGAACUCGCGCGAUCCAUCUACCAGUGGUGGAUACCGUUUACGCGAAACUGACAAUCGCAUUAAUCGGAUUAAAAGUCGCGCGAAUUCUACUAAUUCGACCCAUGUGGACAAUAGCGCUUGUACGAGCACACUUUCAUCAUUGACUGAGCACUCAGUCGGUGCUCAAAUCAAGAAGGACGAAAGUGACGCAUUAGGCGUUGAUAGCGUUAAUAUAGAAAGCAUGAAAAAGCAGCAGCCCACUGUUGUCGUGACACCGCUAACAAUGAAGGAACUACGCCAAAAGGGUAUGACAAAAUACGAUGCAGAAAUGAUCAUGGCAAAUACCUAUCAACGUCAUCAUCACCACCAUCACACACAUCAUCGUGGGCUACAGCAAGAUGAUAAUGGGAAACAGAUGACGGAUACAAGUGCAGCAAACAAAGCAGCUGAGAGUGGCUUCAAUGUGGGCAGAGAGUCACUACGGAAAUCAGCACGUGUCAACAGCACCAGCAGCACAAUUUCUUCUGGUUCUGCCGAUGAGCUCCCGGUUAGCGCCAUAACUUCGUACCGGAAUAGCAGUGGUGGUGGCACCGCUACGAAAGCACAAACAAUGAGCGCUGCCGCGGAGCCAAAGUCAAGUGCUGCUACAAGCGUGUCGCGGCGGCCAAGCAGAAGAGUAACUGGCAAUGGUGUACAGAAAAUUAAUGCAGGUAGCAAAACAAGCGGCUACGUGACUCGCAGCAGAGGCAGGAAAACACGCGCUGCCACAGUGGCGCGCCUACACGAUGCUGAUGAAGUCGAUCAAAGGGACGCAACUGAGUUAAAUGCAAUGGACGAAGAGUUGGACAACGAGAUAGAGCAGCAUCAAUGCCAUGGUGAUGCCACAGAAGAUACGCACGCUAAGUCGCGGCGCGAGGAGGAGCAAGAAAUGCUCGCAACAGCUGUAACAAAAGGUAACGAACGUCAUCGACAUGACAAAACAACGCGCACGCGCAAUGGACUGACACUCUUCAACGAGUCUUUGAGUAAUAACAGCAGCGGUGGACGCGUACUACGCAAUCAUCAUCACCAGCCGCCAACUACUCAUAAUAACGAAAUAGUCGAAUCAGACGCCGGUACCGAUGCGAAACCAACUGCCACUGAUGCCCAAACGAAUCGUAAUAAUUAUAAAAAAAAUAUUAAUAAUGGUAGUUUAAGUAGUUACUGUAGUAAUAAUAGUAGUGGAAAUGAAGCAAAUCAGUUUGUGGGGGGAAUCGGCAGACGAAUGUCGGUGUCGGUAAGUGGUCACUAUGCAACAACAGCAGCAAUGCAAGAACAUGCCAACUUGCAUACAAACGCCGCAGUUAGCGAUGAUAGUGAAAGCGUUGACGUUAGCAGCACAGCGAGUGUUCAUAAUAGAAAUAGUAUUAGUCCGAGUUUUCGCAAGAACUUAAUAGGCUCCUUCGAAGAGGCGUCUCUAGGUUCAACAUAUACCCAACCACCAGCUGAGUCGUUUCAUCCAAGGGAUUGCGCACAAGCCCAUAUACAGCGUUCAACGCGUCGCAACCAACUACGCGUCGGCAGUAUAUCGGACGCCGUAACAAAACAAACAAGCGCAGAAGAGCUACGUAAGAGGCAAUAUGAUAAGAACAGUUUUAACGGCACUUGUGAACCCGACAAAAGUGUGGGCGCGAAGAAUGAAACAAUCGAACGAGAUUGUGCGCCUGCAAUUGCUGCCACUGCCAUUGACACGCUGCUGAAGACGCCCGAACGACGUUUAAAGCUGACGCUACGCAUGAAGAGGUCACCCAUACUGGACGAAGUAAUCGAAUCGGGCACUAGUCUAAGCGACGAGAGCAGCAGCUUUAAUGGUUCGUUCAGCCGCGCCUCAUCGCAUUCAACCGAACCGGUCGAAUAUGAGAUUUUACGUAUGGAGGGUAUUUCGGAGCAUGGCGGCGAGUAUGACAGUAUUCCAUUGAAACGCAAGAAACGCCACAAAGCUAAGGAACAUCAUCAUCACCAUCGGCACCGUAGUCGACAUCGGCAACAUCAGCGCUAUAAUGCCGAAGAUGCAACCUUCAAUAACACAGAAGUGGCGUUAACGCCACCGGGCGCGCCUGCUGCGCAGUCCAGUCCGCAAGCUGUGCAGCCCGCGUCAACGACAGAAGCUGGUGGUGGAUGUGGCGUUCAUACGCCGCAAACAAAGCGUCUUCGCUUGAUAUUCGGCAAGGAGACGCACACAAUAGACAUUCCUGCGCUUAGUGCAAACGCAACGUUCAACACCAGCGGCAGCAGCACCGAGUGUGAUAAUGGAAAUGACGCGACCGUACUGAGUGAAUCAGUUGCAUCUAAUUCCACGCACACCACCCGUUCGACCGCCGAAACGACAAGCGCUAAUGCCAGCGUCAACAGCAGCAUCAGCACUCGAGCGAAUGCUUCGCUGUUGGCCAACGCCUCACUUUCCACAUCUUCAACAGCACCCACUGAGGCAGCCAUAUCGCCGCAAUCCAAUACAAAUUCCAAUUCGAGCGCGUGUUCGUCGACAAAUUCAACAUUCGCCUCAGCCUGCUCCACCGAAUAUGCAACGACAUCGAUGCCAAUGCAUGCCAACCAAGACCGGCAGGAACAGAAUGCAUCAACACCAUCGCCUUUCACAUCAGCCGCUGCGCUAACUGCGCCAACAACGGCAAUAACGCCAGCAACGAUGACGUCAAAUACCGUCGUAGCACCGCCAUUAUUGCAACACACACCGUUUACGCUGCUACAGCAACAACUACAAAUAUCUGCAACGUCUACGGUCGCAGCGCAUCACAACUUUAGCGCUUAUCUACAGCAUCCGCUGAGUGGAGCAACUAGUAGUAUAGCCGGGAUUCCAAAGACUGCGGCAGCAAGCGUGCCGGCUGGCGUUAGCGGCAAUAGCAGCGGCAACGGCAACGGCUGUGGCAACGUGAUGAAUGGCGUCACAGCAACACCAACUUUGUUUCUCUCGCAGGCGAGCGUACCGAAGCAUACGUUUGGUUCGUGUGCGCUAUUGCCACCGCCGACUUUUACGCGCAAUCUGAAUGUCGGCGCGCAUGCGUUGUCGUUGGGCGGCAACUCAACUGCUACCAAUAAUGCUGUGCCAACAGUGUCGCUGCGCGCGCUCAAUGCACAGACGACCAAAAGCACAACCUUUCCGGUCGGCACAACAACAUCAAUGUCAAGCGUCGGCCCGAUGGGUGGUGUGGUUGGUGGCGGUGUCACCGUAUUGGCCAAAAAAGCGACUGAUCUCCUCAUGAAUUGACCUUCAUUGUUGGCCAUUGCACAUUUGUUUGUUGCUUAUCGACGAACGUUGCCGAUGUCGCUGCAGUUGUGGCUUUCUUCUAGGCUAAAUUGCCUGCUAGGGACGCCCGCCGCGUUUCUGCGCUGCAUUUCAUGUAACAAUUUGUUGUUGUUCCAAUACUCUGUUAAAGAUAGUGUAUAAUUUUUUCUAUAUCAAUGGCUGUGUCUUAAAAUUUCUUUUUAGCAGCAUUUAGGGUUCAAAGUAUAGCAAAAUGGGGAAUGGUCCAAAAAAAGAAAAAAAAAAAAAUCAAAGAUAAAAUGUGGUAACAAGGCAUGAUACAUCUAGGUUAUUUCGGUAUUUAAAUAUUUAGUGGCAUGAUUAUUAUACAACACAUAAAUUGAUGCAACAACAAUUGAUUCAUCAUCAAUUACAUGUUUAAAAAUAAGUAAAAAAUUUUAAAGUUAUGAUUUGCAUUUCAAAUAAUUCCUAAUGCAUAAGAAAAACAAUAAAAGUAUACCAGAAUUAAUUAAAAAAGUUAAAAUAUUAAGGAAAAAAGUAUGCGAAUUCGCCAACUGGAAGUUUAUUUGAAGUACAUUGAACGGCACAAAUGUCAGAAAUUGCAAAAAAAUGUAUGCAAAACGUUUGUAAAAUUAACUAAGUUUUGAACAAAGUUGCUCGAUUUGUGAAGCAAAGAUAAACCCGUUUUGCGCAUACGGUCUCUUGGUUGUUAUUGUUGUUGUAGCAGCAUAAAUAUUUCCCAUACGGUCUUGGUUCUUGUUGUUGUAGCAGCAUAAAUAUUCCCCAUGCAUACACGAGGAAUGCUGUUGAAGUGACAGUCCUUGGCCGGAUAUACAUAAAUGCGGGUCGUUUCGGUUACGCAGAACCAACUGAAAGGCUGGGAAGGCAACGGUUUUGUUCCAAUCAACUGAUAUGCUGGCCGCUAGAAAGUAUGUGCAACUUGUAUACAGUUAUAAAAUUGUUGCUUAUGGAAUUGCGCUUGUGUCGGAGAAUUCAGAAGAAGAAUUGUCGAGUUUAAUGUGAGAAAUUAAGUUUAAAUUAGUGUCCGCCCAGAACUACCACUCGGAUAACUCCUACUUCAAUGUUCACUGUGGGCAUGAAACAUUAAAUGAUUGAAAUUUUUAUUUCUCAUAUCGGCCACCUUUCCACAUGACACCCGAGUGCGACUUACAGAAUAUCGAAGGUGAUAUAAAACCAAAAAUUGGAAAUAAAUACGACGAAAAACCUAACCUAAAAUGUAUGCGCACUAAUUAUUAUCUUGUAUUUAUAUCAGAAAGACUUGAACCAUAAAUGGAUGAAUUUUUUAAUUUUUUCUUAAAAACAAAAAAAAAGUUAAAAGGCAACGCUAAAAGUUAAAGAAAACGCUCAUAAAUGUAAAACAAUUUGGGGACGCCAGCCAGCCUACUUCAGCAAUAAGCAUUAAAUUAAAAUUUCAUUGAAAUUACAAAAAUUAUAACUAUCGAUUUAUGCACUUACCUUAAAAAAGGACUAUGAUAAAU